GGGGUGAAAUCUCGCGAGAUCUCUCCGGUAUUGACCAAGCGGGGGCUAGAUCUUAAGUUUUCCUCAUGCAUCAUUAGAUGAUUCAUAACACCGUCAAGAUGUCGGGACGAUCAGGCCGUGCAGAGACCAGGAGUCGUGCUAAAGAUGACAUCAAAAAGGUUCUGGCUGCCAUCGAGAAAGUGCGGAAAUGGGAGAAGAAAUGGGUGACUGUUGGAGACACGUCCCUGCGCAUAUUCAAGUGGGUGCCGGUGACAGAAACAAAGCAGAUCUAUCGCAGCAAAUCUACUGCAGGUGGAGACGUCAGAGGACUCAAAGAUGUGGUGCUGGAAAACACAAACUCUUUGCCAGAUUUCGCUGAUGAAAAUAGCAACCAGAGCUUCCUGUCUGACGUCUAUCAUGCCAAGAUGGACAACAACAGCAACAGCACCUCCAGCUCACAGCAGGUCAGCCCUCCUCAUACCUCGAACCUCCGAACUGAAGACUCUCAACCGCCAAUGCUCGGCCAAGAGAUUGUGGAUGUUCACUCUGGACAGGAUGGAGCAGAUGAGCCUCCAACUCUGAUUAAGGAAGAUCUUCUAUCAUCAGGCACUGGCAGACGGAGCGCCCCAGACACACAGGAAGAAUCGGAUGAAUCAGGAGCCCCUCCCUUGAAGAAGAUUUGCAGUGGAGAAAAUACCGUUUUAAGAUAGUUGAGUUUACACAUCAGCAAACAAAACGUAUCCAUAACUGCCCAACAUUAAGGCUCUGGUGUAUUCUUUAUAUACCCUCAACUGGCAUUUCAUUUUCUGUACAAUCUUAUCUUGGCUUCCAGCAUAUUCUUCUUUGUAUUUUAAGUAUGCUCGUCAUUUUUUAAACUCUUUCUCCAGAGGAGGAAUAAUUUGAAGACUAUUAUUUGUUGUUUUUAUGAAUUACAGUAAAUCUACACAUUUCAGAAAUGGUUUCUACUAGAAUGCAGGCGAUAGAGAUCUGUCCGAGGGAAGGGCUCAUACAGUAGGAAGGGAAUUCAUAUGGCCCCAUUUGUCCCGGUUUACCUGACACAUGAAACGUGAACAAUUAGGGGUUGCACUAUCCACUUUAGCCACCAGACGGCAGUAGAAUGUUGAAUAUCUUAAAAUGUGUUUUGUGGCAAUUUCAACUUUGACCACAGCGCCAGUUGCUCUGUAGAGUGGUGCUUUCCAUCAUUUUCAGCAGACUGCAUUGCAAAAUGAUUAACCCCUCCCUCUCAUGCGAGAUCCACCCAAGAACGGGACCAUAUGAAUCCCUUCCCUACUGUGAAACAGUGUCACACCGCUGAGAUCUUUAGUAGAGGGUCCAUUGCCUUGCUUAAGAGCACGUCAGCAGGUGCACAACACAAUUGAGUAUUUGAUGAAUUGAGCUCUACCACAUGAUACAAAAUUAAGCUAAAAAAUAAGCAAUUUGAUGUGUUAAAAAUGUUUCUCCUUUUAAUCAGGGGAGUCCAGAGUGUGCAGCUUGUUUUUAAUUGGGCAUAGAGUAUUCAACAAAUUAUUAUUAAUGAGAUGUAUUAUAUAUUACACAAAAUGAUUUGUCACUUAUAUCACAAAGCUAAAAUGUACAUGUUUUGUUCAGAUAGCUUAGCAUUUAUUUCCCUAUAUUGCAUCUUUAAUGCACAAAAUGCAACUUGUAUUUAAAGUUUAGACCAGGGAUCAACUCAACUUUUGGUUGCGGACCUGUGUUCAGUAACAUAGGCUGUUUGCUAUAGAGUCGCGUCUUUUGAGUGGCUCUAUUAAGUGAACAAUAGUUUGUUUGCAAGCCUUUCUUACAUUUUAUUUGGAUGUUGCAAAAAUUAUUUGAUUUCAAGGGUUCAAUGAAGAAAACGACACCAGCCAAAGGCUCAACACAGUGCCAUGAAAAAGUAUUUGCCCCCUUCUCAAAUUCUUAUUUUUUUAUGUUUAAGAUCAUCAAACAAAUGUAAAUAUACAAAAAUAAACCAAGUAAGGGGGUAUGGUAUUUUUUUUAGUCAUAAAGAAAUACAAUCAUGUGUGCUUACGGACUGUAUCCCUGCAGACUGUAUUGAUCAUUAUUGAUAUAUAAUCUAUAUAGUGUGUUUUUUAUGUUGAUUUAAUAAAAAUUACAAAAACAUUUAUUUAUUUUUUUUAAUGUGCGGCCCGGUACCAAUCGGUCCACGGACCGGUACCGGCCCGGUGGUUUGAGACCACUGGUGUAAAGCACGUCAUCACUGGACUCUAGAGCAGUGGAGACGCAUUCUCUGGACUGAUGAAUCACGCUUUUCCGUCUGGCAAUCUGAUGGACCAGUCUGGGUUUGGAGUUUGCCAGGAGAACGCUACAUUUCGGACUGCAUUGUGCCGACUGUGAAAUUUGGUGUAGGAGGAAUUAUGGUGUGGGGUUGUUUGUCAGGAGUUGGGCUUGGCCCCUUAGUUCCAGUGAAAGGAAUUUAGAAUGCUCCAAGAUAACCAAACAUUUUGGACAAUUCCAUUGGAUGGCACUUCAAGUUCAUAUGUGAGUAAAGACAGGUGGCCAAAUACUUUUGGCAAUAUAGUGUAUGUUGGCCUACUCUUCCUUGCAGAUUAAAAAAAAUGUUUUUACCAUGCCACGGAAUUUCAAUCGAAUUCAAGUCCGAACCACUCCAAAACCUUCAUUUUUGGGUUCUUAAGGCCAUUCAGAAGUUGAUUUGCUGCUGCGUUUUGGAUCGUUGUUCUGCUGCAAUACCCAAGUGCAUUUCCACUUGAGGUCACAAACUGAUUGGUCGAUCAUUCUCCUGCAGAAUUAUCUGGCAAAGAGCAGAGUCCAUGUUUCCAACGAUCACGACAAGUCAGCAAGGUCCUGAAGCAGUAAAGCAGCCCCAGACCAUCAUUCUACCAGCACCACGUUUGACUGUUGGUAUGUUCUUUUUCUGAAAUGCUGUUACAAAUGUAACAAGAAACACACCUUCCAAAAAGAUCAACUUUCAUCUCGUCAGUCCAUAGAAUAUUCUCCCAAAAGUCGUGGGAAUCAUUCAGAUGUUUUGAGGGUUUUUUUUUUGGCAAAAGUAAGACAAGCCUUUAUGUUCUUUAUGGUCAGCAGUGGUUUUUGCCAUGGAACUCUGCCAUGUCUGCCCAGUUUCUUCCUUAUGGUUGAGUAAAGAUCACUGACUUAACUGAGGCAGGAGAAGCCUGCAGUUCUUUGGAUGCCCUUGUGACCUGGAUGAUGGCUCUUGGGGUAAUUUUUGUAGGCAGGCCACUUCUAGGCCACAUUUCUCUGUUUGUAGAUAAUGGCUCUCAUCGGGGGUUCGCUGAGUCCUAAAGCUUUAGAAAUGGCUUUGUAACCCUUUCUAGACUGAUAGAUGUCAAUUACUUUGUCCUGAAGGAAUCAAUAAAGUACUAUCUAUCUAUCAUCUAGGAUCGCGGCAUUUUGUUGCAUCAUUUUGAGAACUUUUGACUGAAUUAAUUUUGUCAGACAGGUUUUAUUGAAGAAAGUUCUUGGUUGAACAGGUCUAGAGGUAUUCAAGUUUGGGUGUGGUCAGUGAAAUUGAACUCAGAUUUCCAAAAAAUGUAAUUAGCCAUGGUAAGUUCAAGGGGGUCAAUUACUCUUUUACAUAGGGCCAGGUAGGUUUGGAUAGCUUUUUUUCCCUUAGAAUAGUAAAUUAUCAUUUAAAAACUGCAUUUUCUGUUUACUUUGGUUAUCUUUGUCCAACAUUUAAAUUUGUUUGAUAGUCUUAAACAUUUUAGUGGGAAAUAUAAAAAAAAAAUACAACAUUUGAGAAGGGGGCAAAUACUUUUUUUACGGCGCUAAGUUUAUUUAUUACAACUUAAACCAAAAAUUAAGAAUUUUAAACUUGUUGGCCUACUGGGUUUCUAAUUAUUUGUAAUCUAUAACCAGCAAAAUAUUAGGAAAUGAAGCAAAAUAUUAUUUCCAUAUUUUACUCUAUUAAUAUUGUCAAUUUAAAAAAAAUCAGAUUAAUUAAAUGAAAAAAGACUCCAAUAUUUUAACAAAAAUGCAAUUUUAUUGUCAAAAUGUCAUCCUGCAACAUUUCUAAAUGUUUUACUUGAAUGCACGUUAUUUAUUUGCUCAAAACUUUGUAACAGUUUUAUCUGAAGUCCAGUCAGAGUGUAUUUUGAAGUGAAAUUUGCCGGUUAAGUCAAAAGAAUGUACCGCUUAAAAUAAAUUGUGUGAUUCAUCUACGUGUAUACAUGAUUAGUGCGAAAACUUUUUGUGAUUUAUCACAUGAGUUAACUCGUUAGUUUUGACAGUGAUGACCAAUUUUGGGUCGCUGUUUGUCAUUAAGAGGUUGAUGGUGGGGUCCUGCACCCAAACCAGUUAAGAAUCACUAGUUUAGACAACCCUGCCUUAAAUAUGAAUUACCCACAAUCUCAGUUUUACUGAGGGCUUUACCAAAAUCUGCAUUUUUAUGAAUAUAUAUUAAGAACACAACAUUAUUAGUUAAUUUCAGAAAAGCGGUUCAUAUUGGCAUGUGUGACAGCAAAAUACAGUUACACAGAUUUCUGGGCACAGUGGCUAAAAUAAGCUUUAUUCUGUGGACCAUUUGGACAACAUAAUUUGUCCAUUUACUAACACCAAUACAGCCAUAAUGCAAAUUUCAAAUCUGAACCUGGGUAAUAGCUGGCUAACUGAGUUCAUAUACCGUUGGAGGUGUAACAAUAGUGUCAUUACUGUAAUUGUUGUUUGCAGCGGUGUAAACUGAACUACAUCAUACAAAGAGGCAAUUAUUAGCACUAUUUCGUUUUGGUUUUGAAACUAUUCAAAAUUUUCAAAAUUUGAUUUUUAAAAAUACUUUUUUAGACAAUCUCCGUGCUUACUUGCUACAUGUGAAAAUCAUACAGCAACUAAAAGGAGCUUUAAAAAAAAAAAAAGUUUUGUUAUAUACGAAAUAAUAUAUUAGGAGAAUCGGUUUUCAGAAUCAGAAAUACUUUAUUAAUCCCCGAGGGGAAAUUAAAAUGUUCAGCACAAUCCCAUUCAAGAUCAGACAAACAUUACAGGGAGACAGAACAGGAUCGCUGACAGGUCUGCCAACUUGAACUGAGAAUCGUGUUGAACCGAUUCUGAAUCAACUUGCCUCCGUAAUAAUCGUGAUCAAAUUAAAUCGAGAGAUGUGAUAUUUGCAUUAAACUACUAUUUUGGUUGCUUUACUAGCUUAAUGAAAGAAGAAACAAUAUAAAAACCUCUUUAUGCAGUGCAGAUGUGCAAUAAAGCAAACUGCAACCACGGAAAUGAUGCUUCAAUAUAUUUGCCACGACAAAACCUAAGUUUCAUUACCGUUGCAAAGACAAUAUUUUAGAUACAACUAUAGGUCUGCAACGAUAAACGAUUGGCGGCGAAUAGCAGACAUUUUUUACCCCCUUUUUUAAAUCCUCGCAUGUUGAAAAUGCAGUUUCAAUAUUGAAGAUUUAUUAGAAAUAAAAAGAACAAAAGGUUGCACACAUAAUUCUGCUUUUUUCCCCUCAAUUAUUUUCCCUAAAAUACGCAUUGAGGCUUAAAGUGUGUUUUGUCCAAUUGCAAUCUGCAGCCCUCAAUACAACUCUUGUUGUGGUUGGUGAGUGUAUAUACAGCAAUGUCAUUCAUUGCGAUACAGCAGGUGACAAAGUGACAUUCCUCCCUGCUAAACCUUAGCUGUGUUGUCUUCUUGUGAAACUGAUGGAUGAAUGUAUUUGGUAUCAACAUAUUGUUUAAAAAACCCCAAAACAAAUAAAUUCAAUACCGCCAAUGUACAGCUGCCUAUGCAUAGUUACCUAUCAUGUGUUUUGUCGCUUUUUUAGAUUUUGGUAAGUCCAGCUUGGUGCUUUUUGGCAAAGUAUUCUAUGCCCUGUCAAGAGUUAAAUAUAUAGAAUGUUUAAAAAAAUGCAUUGUUGAAAAGAAUAUGUAUUACAGAUUGUUUGUUUAUAACAGAUGCCUAAGCCAUAUUAAACGCUACUUUCCAUUUCAAUCUACUGGAUGAUUUAUUUUGAAUUUGAUCCUAACCAUGAUACCUUUUAAGCAUUUUCAGUAUAUUAAUUAUGAAUUCAUAUGGCAUAGUUUCCACCGAGGGCCGCAAACUGAAAAAUGGAAGCAUGCAGGGACCAUUUUGGAUAUUUUCCAUUUUCAAAACCAUUAGGGCUCCCUUUAAUUUUGGUGAAUGUUUAAGGUCCCGGGGAGCCAAAACGGUCUCAGUCAUUGAAGUGAUAAAAGCAAGUCAGAUUUUUUUUUUUUUGGUUUACAUUCAACGCUAAAAUAUCUAUAGAUCAACCUCAGAUCCAUCCAUUGACAUAAAACUUUAUUUUUCGCCAAUGCUUCAUGCCCCUUUUUUUCAAUGAAAACCUGUUUUUUAUGGCAAAAACAAAGAAUAUGCAAUAUUUCUACUCCCCCGCCGCAAAAGUGGAAUAUUUGAUGGGAAUUAAUUAAAGCCCCGAACAGCAAUGACAUUUUUUUAAAUGAAAAAAACUGCCUGCAUGCGAGCUUUGUGUUAUUAGUGUCAAUAUUGCUACAUGUUCUCCUUACAUUGCAGUUGUUAGCUCUUUGAUUCCAUUUUUUAUGUUGUUUUUUUAAUAGUGUUUUUAAAAUGUGCCGUGGGCCUUUAAAAAAUUAGCUGCGGGCCGCAAAUGGCCUCUGAGCCGCACUUUGGACACCACUGGCUGUCCUUAUUGUCCAAUGUGACGACACAAUGGGAUUAAAAUAUGGUCAGUGUAUGUUUUGGUCAUUACAUUUUCUUUUCAUAAAUGGAAAUUGGAAAACAAAAACGACUGGUUUAAUUGAAUUUUGUUUUAAAAUACAAAAAAAGAAGUGUGAAAAACAAAGCGCUUUUUAUUUGUAUUGAAAAGUAAUAACUAAAUAUUAAAAAAUGGUUUGCUUUUCAUUUUAUAUUUUAUAGGGACAAGCGCUAGAAAAUGGA